AUGAGCGCGUGGGCAUCGCAGGAGGCGGCCAAAGAGGAGGAGGCGGUGGGGGACUUCGCGCGGAUGCUGGAGCGGCGGGACGCAGGGUUACUUGCGCGCGUGCUGUCGCGCGCGCAGACCGGACCGGAGGCGUACGUGCGCGGGCUCUGGCGGGCCGAGGUGGGGCUAGAGCGGUGGCGGCUGACGCGCGUGCUCGGGUGCGGGUCUGUGGCGUGCGUGUUCGAGCUGGGCGACGGCGCGCUUGCGCUCAAGGUGCCGACGUCGCGGCGGAAGGCGCCGGUGCUUUUGCACGAAGUGCUCAUAUACUCGCACCUCGCGCAGCAGGCGGGCGGGCGGCUCGCGGAGCGGCACGUGGUGCCGUUCCACGGGGUGGCGGCGGUGACGCGUCGGGAGUACCGGCGGCUCCGCGGUGGCGAGGUGGUGCCGGCGCUGGUGCUAGAGCGGAUGGACACCACGUUGGAAGCGGUGCACCGGCGCGCGGCCGUGAGCAAGGGCCAGUGGUGGCGGUACGCACGUGACCUUGUUGCGGCGCUCCAGUUCCUUCGCGAGAGCUGCGUGGUGCACGGGGACAUCAAGACCGCGAACGUGCUCGUGCGCGGGCAGGACGCAUUCUUGGCGGACUUCACGUCGGCGGCAGUGUGCGACGCGGCGCCGGAGCCGCUCACGACGACGCUUGAGUACUGCGCGCCGGGCUUGAUCGGCGGCGGCCAGCCGACGCACAGCACGGACGUGUACGCUGCGGGGCUCUGCUUGCUUGCGCUUAUCACGCGGUUCGAGCCGUUCCGCGAAUUGUCGAUGAUGAAGUCGCACAGCAGCGCGCCGACGCAUUCGUUGCACGAGACACAGUGGCUCAUGAAUGCCAUCUCCAAGGGCGACCCGAUCAAGUACAACGUACUCAGCCAGGACCUCUACGACCGGUGGGCGGAGGAACUCCACUUCUUGCGGCGGUUCUUCGUACCCGCGGCGCAGGACGCGCUUUCGCGCUGGCUCGCCGAGUCGAACGCGCGCGUGGCGGAGCAUGCAUUCUAA